AUGUCGACACACAUCAGGGAAACAUUCUCGCAGUGCCAUUCAAAUGGCAAACCAGCUUUCGUCACAUUCAUGACAGCUGGCUAUCCACACAGAGAGAGCACCGUCGAUUUGAUGCUGUCGCUCGAGAAAGGCGGCGCAGACAUCAUCGAGCUCGGUGUGCCAUUCUCUGAUCCAAUCGCAGACGGUCCAUCGAUCCAGGCAGCCAACACUGUCGCUGUGUCAAACGGAAUCACCUACGCGGACUGCCUCGAGUUCGUUCGUCAGGCUAGACAGCGUGGUUUGAAAACACCUGUCAUGCUGAUGGGCUAUUACAAUCCUGUCCUUAGCUACGGCGAAGAGAAAGCAGUCAAGGACGCCAAAGACGCCGGUGCCUCUGGUUACAUCAUGGUCGAUUUGCCUCCAGAAGAAGCUGUUAAAUUCCGUAAUAUCUGCACUUCAGAGGGUCUCUCUUACAUACCACUCGUCGCUCCAUCUACCACCGAAUCACGCAUUCAGUUCCUUGCUAGCAUUACUGACUCGUUUAUGUAUGUUGUCUCCAAGAUGGGCACUACUGGUUCUUCCACAGACGUCUCGACUGAUAUUCCCCAGCUUCUCGCUCGUAUUAGAAAAUACACCUCCAAUCCACUCGCUGUCGGUUUUAACAUUUCCACGCGCGAGCACUUCAACUUUGUCGCAGACGCUGGCUCUGAUGGUGUUGUCAUUGGCUCGCGCAUCAUCAAUCUCGUCCGCGAUGCACACAAAGAAGGUCGUGACAUCAAUGCAGCUGUUGUGAGCUACUGCGCUGAUGUUUGUGCCGAUGCCAAGGCAAGUUCUGGGCACAAGGCAGCAGCAGCGCCACCAAUCGAUCCACCGACUGAGCGCAACGCUGCUGAGCACCCACCUGCUCCCAACAUGCCUGAGCCUUUGCUUGACGCAAUGACAGGUCAUCCAGCCCGUUUUGGUGAGUUCGGUGGUCAGUAUGUUCCUGAAGCGCUUGUCGACGCCCUCGCUGAGCUGGAGGCAGCACAUAGUCUUGCCGUAAGUGAUCCCUCCUUCUGGCAAGAGUUGGAGGGCAUGUACGAGUACAUGGGUCGUCCAUCCUACCUCUAUGAGGCAACUCGUCUCACUGAACACGCCCAGGGCGCGCGCAUUUGGCUCAAGCGUGAGGAUCUUAAUCAUACCGGCUCUCACAAAAUUAAUAACGCCGUCGGUCAGAUCCUCCUCGCAAAGCGUCUCGGUAAGAAACGUAUUAUUGCUGAAACGGGAGCCGGUCAACACGGUGUUGCUACAGCUACAGUUUGUGCUCGCUUCGGCCUCGAUUGUCAUGUGUUCAUGGGAGCUGAAGAUGUUAGACGUCAGGGAUUGAAUGUAUUCAGGAUGCGUAUGUUAGGUGCACGCGUUAUUCCAGUCACCAGCGGUGCACAGACACUCAAAGACGCUAUCAAUGAAGCUAUGCGUGACUGGGUCACUAACCUUUCCUCAACUCACUACCUCGUCGGCUCCGCUAUCGGUCCUCACCCCUUCCCUACGAUUGUGCGCGAUUUCCAGCACGUCAUCAGCAAAGAGAUCAAGAAGCAGAUGAUGGAGAAAGUGGGAGUGCUCCCUAAUGCAGUCGUGGCCUGCGUGGGAGGUGGAUCUAAUGCGAUCGGCACCUUCUACGAUUUCCUUCCGGACCCAUCUGUGAAAUUGAUUGGUGUGGAAGCAGGAGGUGAUGGAGUGGACACACAGAGACACUCAGCCACACUCAGUCAGGGUAAGCCUGGUGUUUUGCACGGUGUGCGGACGUAUCUCCUACAGAGUGCCAACGGACAGAUUAUCGAGACUCACUCUGUAUCUGCUGGUCUCGAUUAUCCAGGUGUAGGUCCAGAGCAUGCCCAUCUUAAGGAUUCGGGUAGAGCGCAGUACAUGGUCGCUGAUGAUGAGCAAGCUCUGCGCGGCUUCAGAUUGCUCACUCAGCUCGAAGGUAUCAUCCCCGCCCUCGAAUCCGCUCAUGCUAUCUGGGGUGGUGCUCAGUAUGCCUCUACCCUCCGCAAGGAGGAUCACGUCGUCAUUUGUCUCUCAGGUAGAGGUGAUAAGGAUGUCGAACAGGUCAGUGAACUCCUCAAAUCGGGUUGGGAUAAGCGUCUCGAUUGGGAUACCUCCGUGUAG